AAAAUGCUAUGAGGUUAAUCUAAUAUGUGAGGACCACUGUGGCAUACAUAGUUGGCCAAUGAAGUUCUCUCCCUGGCAAGAGGCUGGAUUUCGGUGGGGCGGUGUCUCUGUGACGAGGGGUGACAUCAUGCACAAGUGGUCCAGCGAUAGGUGGAUUAUUUCCUGUAUGUGUUUUUGACUUGGCGGGAUCGCAAAUUGAAACGGUUCUCAGUAGCCUAGUAGUCCUAGAUAAAACCCAAAUAUUGUGUAUAGGAAUCUUUGCAGAGAUUGUCGCUGUCAACGUCUUAACAGUGUUUACGUCUGUUAUCUACUGGAAUGCCUGUUAAUCUGUUGUGAAACUGCGACUAGUAACACCCAGAGCGGUAGAUAUGGCUCUGGUAACACCUGUUUAUCAGUAAGAAAUUGCUGACCAGCAAACUGCAAUCAACCACAGGAUGUUUCCUAGCAACAGUAAGGAUCCAAACGAAUUCAUUGUCAGCGAGGAAACAGCUGGUAUUUGUCUUUUAUUGUUUUUACCAAUUCACCGAGUCGCCCGCCGUUACAGUUUUAUGUAAUUCUAUUCAGCGAUGUAAGAGCCUGAGAAUUUGCGAAACUAGGCUGCAUUCUGAACACUGCAUUUGUUGCAGUCAACAAAAGUCAUGUGAGACUGAUUAUCGUUGCUAUUAACCAUAUUGCGUGUUGCCCGUGUGUGUGUGUGUGCGUGCUAUCACACAUCGACAAAAAUAUGCAAUUUUCAGAAGAGCACGAAUUGAUCUUUGGAACAGUGAAUGAACCCUCUUCCCCAUGGCGUCGUCCAGAAAGAAGAAAACUCACGCUAACCCACACCAAACGGGUAGUAUCACAGACUUUUUCACAACAGCAAGGAGUGAGGCUACCUCUGAUGUUAAACCUCACAAGCUCAAACGACACAGAAACACAGGUGGGGUUGGCAAGUCUGUAAAGCUGCACACAACAGUCACUGUGAAUACUGCUACCUCCAGGGGCUCUGGGAAAAUGGCAGGCCAGCAUAAGCCUUCAACAGUGGAGUGUGUGGAUUUAACUUGCAGUGAUGCAGACACACCUGUGACCAUAGAACCAUCACUCUGGUAUGAGGAUGAGAACCCCUGGAAAUGCCACCUGCAGAGGACCUUGUCUGUGGACCUGCCAAGUCAGUCAUCUUCAGGAGACCCUAAAGACAGAAAGUGCACUGAAAUAAGUCAUUCAAAAAAGGACAGUUCAGCAAAAAGGAUGCCUUUUCUCUCACACACAUUAGGAUGGAUGAAGACCAGUGUGAAGUCUACUCACAAGUCAUGUACUCAAGACCUUUACUUACCUCAGAAAGAACUGUCUAAUGAGAUGCAGACACCUCAGGGAAACCAGAAGCCAAAGAAAGACGAUAAGCCAGAUACUCAGGACAACGGCAGGGAGAGCACACUUCAACCUGGGGGACAUGUAUUACAAAAGCCACACGAUAAUUUGCUGUGGAGUCUCCCUUGGCCAACUUCUCCGCUGUUGAAGAACCUGAGGGGAUCAUUUCCUGUGUGGCCGUCCAGUGUCCAGUAUCCCACUCAGUGGCACUCUGUCACCACCCGGUCCACUCCACCUGUGGACAGACCGAGGAGGUCUGGAUGGAGAGAAGACCUGUCAGAGGACGUCCUCAAGCACCUGCUGGAGGAGAUCAGAGUCACCAACCCUCUGUUCCCAGUCCAAAGGUUCUUCACUCUGCUGUCAAGAAAACGUGUAGCGCAUGAAAAGACCACGUCUAAUCCUGAAUCAGUUGAAAGCACGCGCAGUCCUGGAGUUUUGUCAGACCAUUGCUUGAGAGGCAAGAGAAAAUGGAGGCUGGAUGGACUAAAUCUAGGUAUAUCACCCAAACGGCGUAGGCCCAACCACAGGCCUGAGGAGAAGGCCGUCGUUGAGCCUGGCUCCCCAGCUGGACCGUCACUGACCAUAUCAGGCCACACUCCCAGGAGGCAGGUCUGUCGGAGCAGGUUGAGUCGGACGAGAAGGCGUAGACAGCAGCAGAAGGCAAGCCCUUCGCUGGCAUCUACUGUAACACUGAAUCCAAAGGAAACUUCAGGAAAACACAUUGAAAAUACAACUCCGCAACUUCAUGAUCAAGAAUGUCUACAGGAAGAUGUCUUGUGGACUGAAAAAUACCAGCCUCAGCACUCGACUGAAGUUGUAGGAAAUUCUGCAGGAGUGAAGAAAUUGCACAACUGGUUAAAGAGAUGGAAGCUGAGAGCAGACAAGGAAGAGCGUGAGAGAAAGGAGGAAAUGCGAAGGAAGAAGAGUAAAGGCGUGUGGGAUAGUGGAGACUUUGAGGGUGAGGUGGUUUUAGCGGACUGUGAACUGGAGCUGGGCAGCGCGCUAAUCAUCUCUGGCCCACACGGCAUUGGCAAGACCGCAGCUGUUUACGCCUGUGCCCAGGAGUUGGGUUUCAAGGUGUUUGAGGUAAACGCGUCGUCUCAGCGCAGCGGGCGCCUGCUCCUCGCCCAGCUAAAGGAGGCCACCCAGUCCCAUCAAGUGGGCACCCCGACCGCCUCCACCCUGAGACCCACCUACUUCUCCUCCCGUGGCACAGCAGCCUGCUCCACGAAACCUGCAACCUCCCCACGGAAGACAAACUCAUCCAGGAAGGUGAUGACUUCAACUCGAAGACUUCCAUCAACUCUGCGGAAAAGUUCCCUCAAGAGAGGCCCUUCCACCUCUGUGAACCUGACACAUUUCUUCCACAAAAGGAAUAAGCCUGAGAACACAAUUCAUCGCUGUCCAAAACAUAUACAGCAUGGUGACUACACUCUGGAGCCAGACAAUGAGAAGAGAGAAGAGGAAGGCCUUCCAACCAUCAUCAUAGAUCAAGAACAUAACCACUCCAUCACUAGAACUGGCAAAUCAGCACUAAUGUCUCUCAUUUUGUUUGAGGAGGUUGACGUCAUCUUCAGUGAUGAUGUGGGGUUUCUCUCAGCAAUUAAGACUUUCAUGUCCACAACCAAAAGGCCUGUAGUCCUGACGACCACUGAUCCUUUGUUUGGUGGAACAUUUGAUUGCUGCUUGGAAGAGCUACACUUUAGGAAGCCCCCAGUGAAGGUUCUCUGCAGCUACCUGCAGUUGGUGUGUUUGGCGGAGAACGUGCGGACGGACCCUUGGGACAUCUCCUCUCUGUGGGCGGUGCAGAGAGGGGACAUCAGGCAGUGUCUGCUCCAGGUGCAGUUCUGGGUGCGGAGCGGAGGGGGGCCUACUGCGCCCCUGUUGCUGAACAAUCCUGUGGUCCCUCGGGGUCGUCCGCAAGCUCAGGAGGAAUCUAUCGAAGGGUCGAAGCGGACCACUGAUCUGCCUGCAUGUGAUACUGGCUGCUCAGGGACUCCCGAAGUACACGAGCUAGCAAGGAUGUUCAAAGUUCAUACCUGGACUACAUCUGAGGAGAAGAGAUCUUCAGAGAUCCUGUCAGAGAGCCAGCAGAGAGGAAUAGAUCUACUUUACUUGAAAAUGGAGGCCCUCCUGCCUCUGCCAAGCCCUGCCUCACAUAACCCUGGAGACUUCAUGGAGAAUGUUCCAAACUCUGGCCUACUUGGACACAUUACAGCUAAAGAACUUCCAGAAGCUUCUGUAACUGUAGAUACACCCCGGGGAGGGAGGCUGUCCUCCAAGCCAAGGAAAAGGCGCUGUCUGUCUCUGAAAGGAAUGCAGAGGUCUAGACCUAACUCUCCAGAGAAGACUGUCUCCCCACAUCAGUCUACGAUACGGAGUCACCAUACGGAUCAAUCAGAGGGAAGGACUGAGGGUCACUCAGGAGGGAAGAAAGCCUCUUGUUUGGUGUCUCGCUGCUUGAACAGCCUCACAGGAUUCCUGGACAACUUGUCCUUCCUGGAUUGUUGCCUGCAGGAUCACGGGCAUGUGAUGGAAACGCGUUAUUGCGCACCAGGCCUGCUGUCCGUCCGAACUAGAGCAGAGUUGAAGGAUGGCUUGCUGGACGAACUGAAGGAGGAGCAGGAAGAGGAGCAGAUGUGGAGGCACAGGGCCUCUGACUUCAGGGCUGCUGUGGAGGGCAUGAGCUUCAGGGGGUGCUGUCUGGAGAUGGAGCCAGCCAUGGCACAGGCCCAGAUGCUAGGAGAGGAGGUGGGGGCAGCCAUGGCACAGGCCCAGAGGCUAGGAGAGGAGGUGGGGGCAGCCAUGGCACAGGCCCAGAGGCUAGGAGAGGAGGUGGGGGCAGCCCAGUGCAGGCAGAUGCUGGAGCAGCUCACCUUUCAGUCAUCUCCCCACAGAAAUGGCCUCUCCGGCCAGCCCAGUCAGAGUGAAAAACUCGUUGCUGAAAGGCGAGCUGAUCUUAUAAAGACGGUACUCUCCAGCAAAACAUUCAGCAUGUUGGGAAGCAGCCCAGCCAUUUAUACCGACUAUAUGCCCUGUCUGCGCACCAUCUGCAGGUCAGAGAGUCACCAGGACAAGGACAAGACUAAACACAGAUUCCCACACUAUCUGAAAAGCAUCCACACUGGACUCUCUCAGGGCACCUUGCAGCUGCUCUCCGCUGACUUUCCAUGAGACUGCUCAGGAAACGAUGCACUCCCCAGAGGAAAUAAGAGGAUGUAUAUUAUGUAUUGUAUGUAAAGAAAAGAUGUAUUGUAUCGUGGAAAAUAUUUUUGA